AUGUUAGCCAAACAGACACAAAGAGAAACGGGGACAGCUGAGUUUCGUCUGACUAACCUACGGCAGGCGGACGCUGGAUAUUAUACUUGUGAAUACUAUCUAAAGGAGUCCCCUGAUAAAAUCUCAUCUUCCAGUGACAGUCUCUUACUAUUGGUCACAGGAUACUUGUAUAAGCCUUCCCUCCGAGUCUGCCACUCGGGCCUGAUAACCACGGGAGAAAAGGUGAACCUACAGUGUCAGAAGCCAUACAAUUUGACAGACUAUAAAAUGUUCGCUCUGCUAAAGGAGGGAACUUCAUCGCCCAUACAAUUUCAGGACUCAGAAAGCGACAUAGUGGAUUUCACCCUUCAGAAUGUGACACUCAAUGACACAGGAAGAAGGCUUAAAAUUGCAAAGAAUGGACAGCUGCCCACUGGCAAAGUGGCUGGAAUGAAGUCAGAUCUGGUUGGUCUUUUUGUUUCCCCCAGUGCCGUAUCAAAAUGUUAUACCAAGUGCACUAUCAUUCGUCUGGGAAUGUCCGCCAUGUUUGUGGUGUUUAUGGCAGUGUUCCUGGCUGAAGCCUGGAACAAUCAGAGGGUGUCACUAAGCAGACCCAGGUAA